AUGCCCGUCCUUCCAAAAUGGACCAAAACCGAAGACAUCCCUCCUCUCCCUCCGGGGGCAUAUAGAUCAUUGAGAAAAGAAAAAUAUUUUAAAACAAAGAACACUCUCUCCCAGGGAGCCGUGUCAAAGAGUUAUGCUCGGGAUAGAUUCCCUCCGGUUAACCGACCGCUUACGAUGAAGAAGGAGGGUAUCCAGACGAGGAACCGAAAGCUGAGCUCCAAGUCGAAGAAGAAGAAGGGCUCGGUGGUCGGAGGUUCCUGCCUCUCGCUGACGGGAGUGAUGUCCGACAUGAUGAAGGAGAAACCCGGGUUCCAGGGCAGCCUCGGGGUGCACUCCCACUGGUACCAGCCCCAGGGGCAACCCUUCCACCAGCACCACCCCAUGAUAUCCCUCCCGCACACCUCGUCCCACAUGGUACGCUGCGACGUGGAGGUCGGACUACGGCUGGCCGGACAAAUACAACAAGUAAUGCUCGCCGAACACUCGGCACUAGUUGGAUAA